AUGUCGACAUCUUUGCCUCCUCAAAUGAGAUUGUUGUGGGAUGUUCAAAUAAAACAGCUAUCUACAAAAUCUCCCAAGGGAUAUAGAUGGGAUCCAAGGUACUGUACUAGAAUUUAAUUUAUUAUUCAUUAUUCAAUAUAUGUUAUUGAGCUUGUCCCUGCGCAACUAAGUAUGUGACUAGUAUAAUAUAAAGGUUUUUCGAGUAGGGCAACAUCUUAUCUAUUUGAAACACUGGAACCAUCUCUAACAACGUACUACUUAUACAGACAAAAUAUUUGUCGCAUCAAGCAAUAGUGUGCCCGCCCUACUAACAAGGGCCAAUAAUACUUAUUCAGGGAAAAUGCUGAUAUAUUUUUUCUUAACGAUUGUAGAAUUGUCAGAUUUUCCUUGGAUCUCUACUGCAAAAAUCCGAAAGCGUUAGAUUCCGUGCGUGAAUUUAUUAUACUUCCAAGUAAUCGUCUAAUCAGGUAAUAUAUAUGGGCACUUACUGCCGCCAUUCAAGGUUCAGUUACUCUGGCUAGAUAUUAUCAGGCGAUUUUUUUUUAAAUUUAAUGGAACCAAAUUUAAAGAUGGUUUUCGGCUCGACAGGCUCUACAAAUGGUAAAAUGUUUCCUGGAAUAAAAAAAUGUGGGUGGCUAGGCGUUUUUGUAAGUAAAAUGCUAAAGGAGCUCUCACAUAAGCAUCUACCAAUGAACCAAUGUCGUUCACCACUUUUUAUUUCAAUUAUUAGAUAUUACAAAAAUUCAGUAAAUCAAGAGCCAGGAUGGAACAGUGAAACGAUUUCAUGGUGCAAGCGUGAAGCUGAAUGGCAAAAGUUGAAAGAUCAUGACUACUGGGGUGUUUUUUUAUAG